AUUAAUUUACAGUAAUUCUGCUAUUAAAAUUUGGUUUAAUUUUUUCAAAAAGAAAAAUUAAAGAAACCAAGUAUUUGACCAGUUUGUACAAAUUAAAGACCAACUCUUAAAUAAUGGAUGUUAGAGCAUGCGCAACGGUGUGUUUUAGGGAGUCCUUAGCGCUAGAUUAUAGGGUAAUCACAUUAAAAAUAAAUGAAAAAAGGCAAAUAAGCGAAGGAUCAGUCCGUGUAGAAGGAACUUAAGGACUUAAUCCUUAGGGCAGCUGGCACGCUUUGAUUGGGUCGAGUUGUGUUUGUGUGUCGUGGUCACGAAAAAAAAAAUCAUUCGACACAAACGUAGAAAAAAAAACUCUCGAAGAAACAGAAGGCGAUUUUCGAUCCAUCUCGUUCCAUCUUCUUCCCUCGCGUUCCAAGAUAAAUCGAGAGGAAUCUGUAGAUUUAUGGUAUUAGAUUAGGUUCCUUGUAGUUUUCCUGUAAAUUUAGGGUUCGUUUUGCUUUUUUAAAUCGAAUUGGGGAUUUUCGUUUCAAGUUAGGGUUUCAAAUGAUUUGGGUUUUCAAUCGAUUUGUAGAGGUUUUGGUUAGUAGUUACGGUUCCGAAACUGAAAUAGGUUUGAUUAACGAUUUGCUUAUCUGCUUUUAACCAUUGAUCCAUCUGGUUCUGUCUGUCUGAUUUCAAACGAUGAAUGCUUAUCUGCUUCGUCUGCUUUUCUGCUUUGACUCAAGGUUUUAUUUUCUUGUGAAACUUAAAACACGAUCCUUUGUGUGUUUACACGAUCCCCCUCAUCUAUGCUUUGAUAAAUUUCUGUUUGGUUAGUCGUCUGAUGAUGAAUGCUCUGUGGUAGUUGUUGUUUCACUUUUGUUGUUCUAUUUUGUGCUUACAUAUUUAAAAAUUUCAGGUUAAGCAAACAUGGGCCAAGACUAUAGCUACACCCAGCCUUCCUCAUCAGACGAGUAUGACUUGACCUCACUGCUUGAAGCUGAAGCGGCUUUGUACGCCGAAGAAGCUGAGAGUAGCUACAACAUUGGUGAGCCUGUUCAGUGCCCACCUCAGCCGUUUCAGUACUUAUGUGGGGGACAUACAAAUGCGGAGGAGAUGCGUGCCUUUGAGACACAACUUAGUCUUCUCAAGGAUCAAGUUCGUGCGAGUGACCAGAAGCUGGCUACGCUCGAGAAGACCCUGUGUGAUGAGUUAUGCAAGAAGACAUCAUGGGUUACAAUUCUUGGAGUAUCUCUUCUGCUGAGCCUUUUACUUUUAAUAGCGGUGAUAAUUCUUGGAGGAACAGCUUCGAAGGAUAGUAGAAGACUAUCUAACGUGGAGACUGUCUUUAAGGUUCCGCAGUAAAAGAGGAAGCAAGUCACGGGUGCCUUUGGAGUGGUGAAAGUCUUUUCUUCUGUAGCUCAUGUGAAGCAAGUCACGGGAAGUCCUUUUUCUGCUAUAAGUUUGUGUCUCGGUUUCUAUCUUGCCAUCACUUCUUCCUUCCUUUUUUUUCCCGAUUCCAAUCUGGUCGAGAAGAAGUUGUUUUAGUUUAUUGUUGUUGUAACAUUUAGCUACUACUCCAAGUUGUAAGUUUGGCUACAACUCUAUCUUGCCAUCAGUACUAUUUUUAAUCAGAUAUGUCAUCAUCUUCAUCCGAUGAAGUCGAUGAAAGAUUGGACGAAAUUUGUGAAGAAUACGUAGAAGAAAUAUACAACGACAUUGUGGAGGCCCAAACCAUACCGCAAAGGACACGUGCAUAUGUAGAACGACACCGCGAAGGAGGACAAGACCAAUUAUGGAAUGAUUACUUCAGCGAAAAUUCGACUUUCUCGACUCAAUUAUUCAGACGCCGUUUCCGCAUGAAUAAGGAAUUAUUCUUGCGUCUUGUUCAUGGCCUAGAAGCGUCCUUUCCAUUCUUUCAGCAAAGAAGAGAUGCAACCGGCAGGUGGAGUCUUACUGCACUACAAAAAUGUACUGCAGCUAUUCGUCUGCUCGCUUAUGGUACCGCGGCCGACACCGUUGACGAAUAUCUGCGACUUGGUGAGACCACUGCACUUUCGUGUUUACAUAAUUUUACUGACGGAAUAAUACUGUUAUUCGGAGAAGAGUAUCUACGACGACCCACACCGGAGGAUCUUCAACGACUACUCGAUAUUGGAGAGAAACGAGGGUUUCCUGGGAUGGUCGGGAGCAUUGACUGUAUGCACUGGGAGUGGAAAAAUUGCCCAACCGCUUGGAAAGGACAAUACGCCCGUGGAUCAGGAAAACCGACAAUUGUAUUAGAGGCUGUAGCAUCCCAAGAUCUUUGGAUAUGGCACGCCUUUUUUGGUCCUCCAGGUACCUUAAACGAUAUUAAUGUCCUCGAUCGGUCUCCUGUUUUUGAUGAUAUUUUACAAGGUCGAGCUCCGAGGGUAAAGUACGUGGUCAACGGACACACGUAUAAGUUGGGGUACUACCUCACAGACGGUAUAUAUCCAAAAUGGUCAACAUUUAUCCAAUCUAUUACCCUUCCUCAAACUCCUCAACAAGAGUUAUUUGCUAAAGUUCAAGAAGCAACCCGGAAAGAUGUGGAGCGGGCUUUUGGAGUACUUCAAUCUCGAUUUGCAAUUGUGAGAAAUCCGGUCAAAACAUUGAACAAAGACAAGAUAGGGAAGAUUAUGCGAGCAUGUAUCAUACUUCACAAUAUGAUAGUCGAAGAUGAACGGGAUGGAUACUCUCGUAUUGAUAUAUCUGAAUUUGAAGAAGGAGACGUCCCCAGAUGUUCAGAAGUGGAAACCGAGUGGCCAACAAAUCUGAAUAAUAUCUUUCCCACUCGAAAUGAUCUUCGUGAUAGGCAAACACAUGAACGGUUGAAAACUGAUUUAAUUCAAAAUAUUUGGAAUAAAUUUGGUGAAGAAGAUUAGAAAUUAUUCUAUCUUUAUGUAAAAUUAAUGUUCUUUUCUUUAAUUGUUGUCUUUUUAUGUUUAAUUAAUGUAUUUUAUGUUUAAUUAUGGAAUUUUAUGUUUAAUUAUGGAA